AUGACCGAUCGGCGGAGAAUCAACGGGCCGCCCGGUGCAACAUUACCGCCGGUCUACGACACCCCCAGCCCAACCUCAACUCCCCGGGCAAGGCCGGCAAACGGCAUCCGGGGCUUGUUUCUCAAGACUGGGGUGACCCCAACAGCUUCAGGAUCGGCCUACAUGGAAGUCGAGCCGCCUCACGGCCAUGUGGACUCAAAAUCCAAGGCCAAUGGCAUGAAGCUCAUCUGCACAGUUCAUGGGCCUCGCUCGCUUCCCCGAUCUGCACCGUUCUCACCCUACCUAGUGCUCUCAACUCAUGUCAAGUACGCUCCUUUCGCGACGCGUCAGCGCCGCAACUACCUACGCGACUCGAGUGAAAGAGACAUUGGCGUUCAUCUUGAUACGGCUCUUCGUGGAGUCAUCAUCGCCGACCGAUGGCCCAAGAGCGGCGUUGAUGUUAUUGUUACUAUUGUUGAAGGCGACCAGGAGCGAGAGGCUUCCCAUUUUCAGGGCAACGAGGAAUGGGACAUGAUGAACGUUCUCAGUGGGUGCAUUACUGUUGCUGCAGCAGCUCUUGCGGACGCUGGCAUCGAUUGUGUGGACAUGGUCACCGGCGGCGUUGCAGCUCUUGUUGCGUCGGACCAGGGCGACAUGGCCAAGCCAUCCAUUGUGUUGGAUCCAGUCUCCUUGGAACACGAAGAUAUUCUGGCCGCUUGUUGCGUCGCCUAUCUACCAAGUCGUGCCGAGAUUACCAAUCUCUGGGUGAAGGGCCAGCUUUCGCCGUCGGACCCUUUACUGCACACGAAACUCGUGGGCCGUGCUAUUCAAGCAUCUAAGGGCAACUAUCGUGCGGUUCUGGAAAGACUCCAAAACAACCAACCCCCAAACAGCUAG